UAGUCUUACAACAACAUUUUAUUUAUUUUCAACACUUUUUGACAUAACUACACAUCAUCCUUCACAGACCAUGCCGUCCGCGUGCGAUUCUUUGAUAGAUGAUAUUGAGGAUAUGGUGUCCACGCAUGACGCCACUCCGCACGAGCGACAGUUCGCCAAGAAGAACGUCGUUCCCCGGGCUCGGCGACGAAAACAGCAGCAAACCACAGAGGAGCUGCAAGCGGACAGCGUGAUUCCCGGGACGCAGAAGAUCUGGGUGAGGACCUGGGGCUGUUCCCAUAACAACUCGGACGGGGAGUACAUGGCGGGACAGCUGGCUGCCAGCGGCUACAGCAUGACCGAGAAUGCUGCAGAGGCUGAUCUUUGGCUGCUCAACAGUUGUACUGUGAAGAAUCCAGCGGAGGACCACUUUAGAAACUCCAUCAAGAAGGCCCAGGAGCAGAAUAAGAAGGUGGUCGUGGCAGGAUGUGUCCCUCAGGCCCAGCCGAGGAUGGAUUACCUCAAAGGCCUGAGCAUCAUCGGGGUCCAGCAGAUUGAUCGUGUUGUGGAGGUGGUUGAUGAGGCUAUCAAAGGUCACUCCGUGCGUCUGCUGGGUCAGAAGAAGGAUAAUGGGAAGCGUCUGGGGGGGGCGCGAUUGGAUUUGCCGAAGAUUAGGAAGAACCCACUGAUAGAAAUCAUUUCUAUCAAUACAGGAUGUUUAAAUGCCUGUACAUACUGUAAGACGAAACAUGCGCGUGGGGACCUAGCCAGCUAUGCCAUAGAGGAGCUCGUGGAGAGAGCUAGACAGUCUUUUCAAGAGGGCGUGUGUGAGAUCUGGCUGACCAGCGAGGACACGGGAGCCUAUGGCAAAGACAUUGGCACGGAUCUGCCCUCUCUGCUCUGGGAACUGGUGAAGGAGAUACCCGAAGGUGCCAUGCUCCGACUGGGCAUGACCAACCCACCGUACAUCCUGGAGCACCUGGAGGAAAUGGCCAAGAUUCUCAAUCAUCCCAGAGUCUACGCCUUCCUGCAUGUCCCCGUCCAAUCAGCCUCUGACAGUGUCCUGAUGGACAUGAAGAGAGAGUACUGCGUGAAUGACUUCAAACACGUCGUCGACUUCUUAAAAGACAGGGUUCCAGGCAUCACCAUUGCCACAGACAUCAUCUGCGGGUUCCCCGGGGAGACGGACGAGGAUUUUCAGGAGACGAUGGAGUUAGUGAGACAGUACCGCUUCCCAAGCCUCUUCAUCAACCAGUUCUACCCGCGACCCGGCACCCCUGCCGCUAAGAUGGAGCAGGUCCCGGCCCAAGUGAAAAAACGAAGAACCAAAGAACUGUCUGCCCUGUUUCACUCCUACAACCCUUACGACCACAAGGUUGGCGAAAGACAACACGUGCUGGUCACGGAGGAAUCGUUCGACGCCCAGUAUUACGUCGCCCACAACAAAUUUUACGAACAGGUCCUGGUGCCCAAGAAGGCAGAAUUCAAAGGUAAAAUGAUUGAAGUGGACAUCUACGAGGCCGGGAAACACUACAUGAAAGGUCGUCCCGUGGAUGAAUCCAGAAUCUUCACGCCAUCCAUUGCAGAACCUCUGCGAAAGGGAGAAGUGUCUGGACUCACUCAGGAAUUGAAAAGGACCAGUGGGAACGGUUCACUGGGGGCCGGUGCAGCGCUGACGGUCGGCCCGUGGAGUUUCGACAGGGAGGGACUGAAGUUCCUGUCUGUAGGCCUGGCCCUGCUGGCCGUCGUGAUGGCGUUGGUCGUCGACAGGCUUCUCUGACGGAGCGACGGGAGGACGGGACGCCGAUAGAGGCCCCCGCGGCACGGGCCCCGGCUCUUUCUCUCUCUCUCUCUCUCUCUCUCUCUGUCGGAAAGGAUUCAAAACCUCCAGCCUCUGCGGAAGCAUGGAAGCAACAGGAAUCAGGAGAAAACGUUUUUAAAGACAGUGGAGUGGGGAGUGUUUAAAUUCACAAAGACUUUACAGUUUGUCAUGAACUGAUACAAAAAAAACAAAACAAAAACAACAACAACAACCCUGGGAUUUUAGUAUUUAUUUUUCAAUGCAGAUAUAAAUAUGAUUUCAAAAUGGGACUGUAAGGUC